ACGGUCACAAUGAAUAAGGGUGUGAUUUGUCUGUUUGAUGUGGAUGGAACCUUGACGAAGCCGCGGAAUGUGAUAGAGCCAGGAUUUUUACAACAGCUUUUGGCUCUUCAAUCACGUGUCCCCAUUGCAGUGGUCAGUGGCUCAGAUUUUGCCAAAGUGGCGUGGCAACUCGGUGGAGAACCAGUCAUGGAGAAAAUCGGUUACGUGUUCUCCGAAAAUGGCCUGGUUGUGCACCGAUUUGGAAAACUGAUUCAGAGUACAAGCAUUGUGGAUUAUUUGGGAGAGGAAUUGAUUCAAAAGUUUAUAAAUUAUGCUUUGGGUUACCUAUCAAAAUUGGAACUACCCAGAAAACGCGGGACGUUUGUUGAAUUCCGUAAGGGGUUAAUCAACAUCUGCCCGGUUGGCCGUAGUUGUACACAAGCAGAACGAGAUGAAUUCGCGGAGUACGAUGAAAUUCAUCGGGUUCGUGAACGAUUUGUCGAAGAUAUGCGAAAAAAUUUCGGGCAUACAGAGUUGCAGUUUGCUAUCGGUGGUCAAAUCAGCAUAGAUGUAUUUCCCAAGGGCUGGGACAAACGAUACUGUUUACAGUUUCUAACCGAUUUUCCAACCAUUCACUUCUUUGGUGAUAAAACUGCACAGGGCGGAAAUGAUUACGAAGUGUUCAGUGAUCCCCGUACAAUCGGGCACACCGUCCAGUCCCCGAAAGAUACUAGUCAUCAGUUGAACACACUGUUCCCGUUUCCAUAA